AUGCCCGCCGCCGUUAAGCAUUUCUUGGCCGCCGCUGCAGACCCGCACAUCAUCCAUCAAUACCUCAAGGCCGACGGCGUGGUGAUUGUGGAGGGUGCCACCACGCGCGAGACCAUCGACGCCGUCUUGGAGGAAGUCGGCACUGUCCCUGAUGGACAGACCUUUGCACUGGUAGCCAAGAGUGUGGCCUUCGCGACCCAGCUCCUGAUGAAUCCCCUGUACCUCGAUCUCAGCAACCGAAUCCUCACCGACGCGUGUAUCAUAUACUAUGAGCAGGAACGGAGCGUGUCAAUCUCAGAGCCCCAGGUCUCGCAGACCUCUAUCUUGUCUGCCCAGCCGAACAGCCUCCCCUGGGGCCUUCGUCGUCAAGACGAAUGCCACCACAUUUCCCACCCAGCCAAGCGCGAAGCCCAGUCGGGGAUCAUGUACGCUGCGCACGACCUCACCCGCGAUAACGGUGCGGAUGAAUAUCUCGUCGAGUUGCGCAAAGGCGACGCUUUGCUCUGGCUGGGCUCUACAUACUUCGGUCGCGCGGCCAACGCCACCGACCAAGACACCGUGCUCUUGAGCGCGACCGCGACCGCAGGAUACCGCCGCCAGGAGGAGAACCAAUACCUCGCGGUGCCGUGGGAGGUGGUCGAGAGGUACCCUGCGUCGGUGCAGCGGUUCCUGGGUUAUGCCGUGAGCCGACCGUACGGCGGGUCCGUCGAGCACAUGGAGCCCUUGGACUUUAUGAAGGUAAAGGGCGACUGGUCCAAAUACAUCCCCGUGGAUCUGAUCUGA